AUGGAGCUGUGCCCAGCGAGACGCGGAAGCGGGACGAGAACAUCAAGCGCGGCAACUGGGGCAACCAGAUCGAGUUCAUCCUCACAAGCGUCGGCUACGCCGUGGGCCUCGGCAACGUGUGGCGCUUCCCCUACCUCUGCUACCGCAACGGGGGUGGCGCUUUCAUGUUCCCCUACUUCAUCAUGCUGGUGUUCUGUGGGAUCCCUCUCUUCUUCAUGGAGCUCUCCUUCGGACAGUUUGCCAGCCAGGGCUGCCUCGGUGUCUGGAGGAUUAGCCCAAUGUUUAAAGGUGUUGGGUAUGGUAUGAUGGUUGUCUCCACCUACAUUGGAAUCUACUACAAUGUUGUGAUCUGCAUCGCCUUCUAUUAUUUCUUCUCAUCGAUGACACGGGUACUGCCCUGGACAUACUGCACCAACCCCUGGAAUACACCUGAUUGCGCCGGUGUGUUGGAUGUUACCAAUAGCUCAGCUGGGUCAUCGCUCAACAUCACACAGAUGCUUAACCAGACACUCAAGCGCACUAGUCCCAGUGAGGAAUACUGGAGGCGGUAUGUGUUGAAGUUGUCUGAUGACAUUGGGAACUUGGGUGAGGUGCGGCUUCCUCUGCUGGGUUGCCUGGGCGUCUCUUGGGUUGUCGUCUUCCUCUGUCUUAUCAGGGGUGUCAAGUCCUCAGGAAAAGUUGUGUAUUUCACAGCAACCUUCCCGUACGUGGUGCUGACAAUUUUAUUUGUGCGGGGAAUAACCCUUGAAGGAUCCGUUACUGGAAUCAUGUACUAUCUAACACCUCAGUGGGACAAAAUCCUCGAUGCAAAGGUAUGGGGAGAUGCAGCCUCCCAGAUCUUCUAUUCAUUGGGCUGUGCCUGGGGUGGGCUGAUCACCAUGGCAUCAUAUAACAAGUUCCACAACAACUGCUACAGGGACAGCAUCAUCAUCAGCAUCACAAACUGUGCCACGAGUGUCUACGCAGGCUUUGUCAUCUUCUCCAUCCUGGGCUUCAUGGCCAACCACUUAGGCGUGGAUGUCUCCAAGGUGGCCGACCACGGUCCUGGCCUGGCUUUUGUAGCCUACCCCGAGGCUCUGACGCUACUUCCCAUCUCUCCUCUCUGGUCUGUCCUCUUCUUUUUCAUGCUCAUCCUGUUGGGGCUGGGCACGCAGUUUUGCCUCCUGGAGACUCUAGUUACAGCUGUUGUGGAUGAAGUGGGAAACGACUGGAUCAUCCGCAAGAAAACCUUUGUGACGCUGGGUGUGGCUGUGGUGGGCUUCUUGCUGGGUGUUCCACUCACCACACAGGCUGGCAUCUACUGGCUGUUACUGAUGGACAACUAUGCAGCAAGCUUCUCUCUAGUUGUCAUUUCGUGUAUCAUGUGUGUCUCUAUCAUGUACAUCUAUGGGCACCGAAACUACUUCAAGGACAUUGAGAUGAUGCUGGGUUUCCCACCCCCCAUCUUCUUUCAGAUCUGUUGGAGGUUCAUCUCUCCUGUUAUCAUCUUUUUUAUCCUCGUGUUCACAGUGAUCCAGUAUCGGCCCAUCGCCUACAAUACCUACGUCUACCCCAGCUGGGCCAUCACCAUUGGCUUCCUCAUGGCCCUCUCCUCAGUAAUUUGCAUUCCAGUCUACGCCGUUUUCUGUGUCUUGCGCUCAGAAGGGGACUCGCUGUUGCAGCGUUUGAAAAACGCUACCCGGCCAAGCCGUGAGUGGGGACCGGCCCUUGCAGAGCACCGAACCGGCCGUUACGCAUCCGUGCUCAGCCCCUCCAUAGAGUCCCAGCUGGAGGUGCAGUUGCUGAACCCUGAAAAACCCAAGAAUGAUGAAGCUGGCGUGGCGGUUGCCAUCAGCGUCGGAAGCAAUGGCUCUACCCACAGCCAGGACUCCAAGAUCUGAACCUUAGCCUGGGAGGCAGGGCAGGGAGCCCUCCUUGCACCUCCCCUUUUCCCACCUGCCCUGGUCCUCCAAACCCUACUCUGCUCAGAUACACUACAGCGCCCCCCACUGGGUGGGGGAGCCCUGGCUCCCAGGCUGUGCCGGACUCUGGAGGGGUGGCUGUGCGUUCCCACCCCACCCACCUCAUUUGUGCCCCUGUUCCAUCUUUGUAACCCUCAUGUUUACAGUAAUGUUCCGAGGGCCCCAAUUCACAGCCAGGAACAGGGGUCAGAAAGGGGGGGAGGGUGUGUACUGGCUGAACAGCUGGGGGUGCCUUAAAAAGGUACCAGGAGGAGGGUAGGCUGGUGCUGCAAGGGGUCAGCAGCCCCUUUUGGGGUGAUUUCUGGCAGCUGCACCUAGGCCCGGGGGGUCUGGAAUCCAUUGGGGGAUGGUACGCCCCUUACUGCCCUGGAUCAGGGUCAUGGGGACUGGCCCCAUAGAGAAGUGAAUGGGA